AUGGCCGCGGCCUUGCCAAGGUCUUUCAACGGCCCGCCAUCAGCGGCACUUCCUGCACUUCCAGUGGGAAAAACUCGGAAGAGCAUAGGUGCCAAUCCCCCUCCUACCCCAAGGACUAGCAGGGCAGCUCCUACCACACCGCGCAGCGGCCUACGUGCGCCGUCCACGUCCGCUUUACCCGGCAAUUUUCCGCAAAGUCUGGUACCAGGCCUACCUCGUUCCUCCUCUGGAGCCAACGCUGCUGGGAAGACGUUACGGAAGACGGUCAGCAUAAACUCUUUUCCUCAACCUCCAAGGUCAGACAACCGUAUCACAAGUUUGCCUCCGAGUCCCUUGUCAGCUGGUGCACCAACAAGCCGAAAACCGAAGACACCAACGACACCGAACUACACUUCGAGUAAUUCAACACCGAGUCUCUUGAACGGAACUGGCGAUGGCAGGUCCGUUGCACGCCCUGGCCAUCGAAGCUCUGAUGGCGUCAUCAGUGUAGCUUCAUUACCUCAAAGUCGAAGUUCAUCCGCACAAGACUCCUACUCUACCUCGGCAACUCAGUACGACGACAUUGGAGAUAGCUCGGCAGGGCCCAGAAAUGGCACUACUGUACCACCUACAGAUGAAAGCAGCAACAAUCACCAGUCAAAGGGCGAUGGCAAAGGCAACAUCAUUGUCAGCGUUCGAGUCCGGCCGGACGCCGGCGGCCGUGACAACAAAAGUGACGGCGAGUGGAUGGUAGAUGGGCGCAAAGCCCUGGUGGCCUAUGGAGGCAAGGAGGGUGGUGAUUAUUAUUACGACAACGUCUUUUCUACACACGACAACAACUCAAAAGUCUACGACCAUAUCGCAAAGAGGCUAGUUCGCCGUGUCAUGGAAGGCUAUCAUGGUACUGUGUUUGCCUAUGGCAUGACCGGCACUGGCAAAACCUUUUCCAUGCAAGGUACGGCUUCGUCUCCAGGCGUUAUUCCACUGGCCAUUACCGAUAUCUUCUCCUACAUUCGGGAAACACCGUCUCGCGAAUUCUUGCUGCGCGUUAGCUACCUCGAAAUCUACAACGAAAGAAUCCACGAUCUCCUCAGCAUGUCGACAACUGGCGGCAUCGGGCCAACAACACAGGAUGAAAUCAAGCUACGAGAGGACAGCAAGCGAGGUGUAUAUGCAAGUCCGCUGAAGGAAGAAAUCGUGCAGAGCCCAACACAGCUUCUACGCGUGAUUGCUCGUGGCGACCAGGCUCGUCGAACAGCCAGUACACAGUUUAACUCUCGCAGCUCUCGCAGCCACGCAGUCGUUCAGAUCGUGGUGGAGAGCCGCGAACGCAGCCCGGCUAAUGCUACCGGGAGCGACAACAAGCGUGGCGGUCUUCUGCCAGGUGGCGUUCGUGUGUCGACGUUGAGUCUGAUCGAUCUUGCCGGCUCUGAGAAGGCGGCCGAGUCCAAAGAGCGGCGCACAGAAGGUUCCCAUAUCAAUAAAAGCUUGCUCACGCUGGGAACUGUCAUUUCAAAACUGUCCGAACACAAAGACAAAGAUGGCAAGCAAGCUGAUAAGGACGGGAAGCAUCUGCCGUAUCGAGACAGCAAGUUGACACGGCUAUUGCAGGGUGCAUUGUCAGGCAAUUCACUUGUCAGCAUCUUGUGUACCAUUCAAAUUGGCUCUGCCGGCAGUGCUGCAGCAUCGAACAGUCACACUACCGAAACGAUCAACACGCUGAAAUUUGCGUCGCGAGCGAAGAACAAUCUCACCAGUCAUGCCAAGCGAGCUGAAGAGGCCCUUGGAGCUGGCGGCGAUGGCGGCGCUCGAGUUCUACUGGAGCGAUACCGUAUGGAAAUUCUUGAGUUACGUGCACAACUCGAGAGCCAGGCAAAAGACAAGGACAGCGACAAGGGUAGCGGUAGCGGUAAAGACGACGAGGACCGAGUGCGAGAUGUCGAGGAAGAGCGCGCUCGUGAGCGAGAGGCAGAGAAUCGGCAUGAGGAGCAAAUUCUCGAGAUGCAACUCGCGCGAACGGCACUCAAGGAGCGCAUCGAUCACCUGAACAGGCUAAUUCUCAGCUCGAAGUCUACCGGCGUGAACACCGGUGGCACUUACAGCGCUUUGGGUAUACGGUCCUCCAUAAUAUCUGUGCGUUCUAUUGCGACAACCAACGCAGGGACUAUGGCGAGUGGGAACAGAUCGCUUCUAGAGCGGACUGUGUCGACAACAUCCUCAUCGUCCACAAUUGGCCGAAGAGUCAGUGAGCCUCCAACAUCCGGUGGCCGCACCGAUUCUGCACCGGCAGAAGAUGACGACAUCGCCGGUGAAUUUGGCGAUGGUAUAGCCUCCCUGUCAUCACAAAACCAGGCACUUCAGGCGGAUCUUGCGGAUAAGAACCGUUAUAUUGCGAUGUUGGAGAAACGAUUACUGCAGGCAAGACGUGCCAGCUCAUCGAGAGCAUCUGUUGGCCUGGGCUCGUCGAACAAGGGAAUCAUGGUCGGAGAAGACCACAGUGUGUCGGCGGUGAUCCGCGAAAAGGACGCGGAAAUUUCAGAGCUUCGUGCCCGCCUGGACGAUAAGGACCGCAUGCUAGCCGCGUUGCGCAGUGCGGCAAGAAACCGUGACAAUGCCGACCGGGUAGAGUCUCGCAUGGAUUCGCGGAUAGAAUCGCGUCUAGAUUCAAGACUGGAACACCGGCUAGACUCACGACUAGAUUCACGACACGAUUCGCGACUAGAUAUGCGGGCUGAUGUUCGAACGUCGCAAAUGCUUGAACCGCCUAGCAGCCCACCAGUUAUGGCGCUGCCACCCACACCCCAACCUCAUGGGUCGAUGUCAGACAUGAAGAUGGCGCCACCUUCGAAGAGGAUGAGCGCGGCCAUGUUCCCGCGAGCCCGGAAGAAGAGUGUCGACGAGGUCAGCCGGAUGCUAGACGAGAUGAUCCAGGACCGCGUUGAAAGUGGCCACCUGGUCCGCGGUGUACGCGGCAGCGUCCGUGUACCGGCUGAAAAGAAGGCCAAUGCGCUGGCAGAGUCAGCAAUGUCUUUGGAGCCGUUGCGACAGAGCCCGCCAUUGGUUCCAGAGGCAACACCCAUGAUUUUGGAGGCGUGA